UUUUGAGAAUUGCUAUGAAGUGUACAGAAGUAGAAGAUUGUUUCUUAGAUAUGAGUGAGUUUAAGCUAUGAGUGAGAAGAGAGAGAAUCAAGUAGUCUUAGCCUUGCUUCGUUGGACAUGAUCUUUAUCAUAUUCUGCUGUUUCUUGGAGUCAAGUUUAGAAGGCUGAAGCAUUUUCUUUCAAAUACAAUUCGCAGCUUGAUCCUUUGACUAUAAUAUUUUGAGCUUCAAGGAUGUUUUUCCACACACAAGAUGAUUUGGUUUCUGUUACACCACCAUGAAGGAGCAAUAUGAAGCAAAGUACCUAGCCUUGAGAGCUUGGUGUAGUAAGGAAAAAAGGAACCUGGUAUAUGAAAAAGAUGUUCAGUUCUGAUAUUAUCAUUGACGUUAAAGAUGUCACGCCCGCCCAGCGGCACCCCAUGUGUUGCAUCUACAAGGUCCCCAACAAACUUCGCGAGGUAAAGGAAGAAGCCUACACUCCAAAGCUUAUUUCAAUAGGCCCUGUACAUCACAACAAGAAGGAACUCGAGAAUAUGGAACGUUUGAAACUAAAAUAUUUCAAGGAAUUCUUUUGCCAGACAACUUGUAAAGGCCAGAAGGAAUUUGCAGACAUCAUUGAGAACAGAGAAGAGACUAUCCGCCAUUGUUAUGCAGAAGAGAUCUCAUCUUCUUUACCCGAAAAGAAAGAUUUCUUGCAAAUGAUUCUAUUGGAUUCUAUCUUUAUCAUUGAGCUCUUCUUGAGGACUGCUGCAAGGGAAGGAUAUGAAAAGGAUGAUUAUAUAUUAAGUAAACCAUGGCUGGAGGAAGGCAUAAAGCAUGACUUGAUAUUACUUGAGAAUCAACUUCCAUUUUUUAUUCUUGAUGAUUUAUAUCGUCACAUUGGAAGGUUUCCAGGCUUUCAUAAUUCUUUUCUUAACCUUGCCUGGAAUUACUUUUUUCCCAAUGACAACUGCAAGAACAUACCCAAAAAGAAGGAAGUAAAACAUUUCACUGAUUUGCAGAGAUAUUUCUUCUAUUCACCCAAAUUGGAAAGUAGUGACAGAAUUAUUGAACAUCUAUAUAGUGCAACAAAGCUGGACACAGCAGGAUUGAAUUUCAAGAAGUGGGAGAAAAAACCACCAGAAGAAGAUAGACGUUUGCUUGACAUUCAAAUCAAGAAGCCGGAUCCCUUGGAAAUUUUUCCAUGCUUCAAUUGUUCAUGGCUCUUGCAUUGCUUACCUUGCUUGAAAUGCUUUUGGUGCUUGAAACGUAUGCAAACUAGCUUGGUAAUCCCACCCUUUGUGAUAAAUCAUGGAACUGAACACAUUUUCCGAAACAUCAUGGCCUUGGAGCAGUGUCAUUAUCCAAAAGAAGCUUACAUAUGCAAUUAUAUCGUGCUAUUGGAUUUUCUUAUAAACACUAGAGACGAUGCGGAGUUGCUUGUUGACAAAAAGAUUAUUGUUCACUCGCUAGGCAGCAAUAAAGAAGUUGCCAAAAUGGUUAACAAACUUGGCAAAGAAAUUGUGGAAAAAAAUUCAUGUUACCUUAAGGUCGCUGAAAAUCUUAAUGAACAUUAUGAAAACUGGUGGAAUAAAAAUAUUGCAUCCUUGAAAACAGUAUAUUUCCGUGAUAUUUGGAGAGGCACCGCAACUUUUGUUGGAAUUAUAGUCCUGCUUGUAACUAUCGGCAAUUUCCUUAGGCCUUUUGUCUAUCACAAAUAAGUUUCCUUUAUUAUGGUACUGUAAUAUCAGUUGGAAAUUUGGCUUUGGUUGUAGUUUUUUUGAAAAUAAUUAUGAUUAAGUUUAGCUUGUGAUA